UGUGUUACUGUACUUAAACCCUUUCCAGCAUUAUCAGGUGCACCGUUUGUUAUUGGGAAUCUCCCCAUCCCCCCUGCCUGUUCCUCACAGCCAUUUGGUCAGGUUUUUGUCCAACUAGGCAGGAACAUAUAAACUUCUCUGGGGUGGUAAAGCCACAGGAGGCCAGGCCCCUGCUGUUCACUUCUCAUUUGGCAUCUUUCAUCUAAGCUCGUGAGUGUGGUUUAGAGAGGGAGCUGGGAGAUGAAGCUGAAAUUCCAUGGCAUAAAUUAGCCUCAAGCAUGUGUUUCAAAUGAAAUUACUACACUUUGGAGCCUUUCCAUGUGGUACUGGUAAAAGGUUCCCGCUAAAUGUACUGGUCUUGGUCAGGAUGCUAAGCUGCAUUAAGGAGAGAAUUCACAGAUGGUUAAACUCAGCGUGCCUGCAGGCUACUUUUAUUGCUCUACCUGGUCAAGCUACUGCUUUUGAUGUGAGCAAACCUGGAUUGGUUCCUGCUAAUAAUUUCUUCCUACUCUGACAAGAUACCCGUGUUCCUUAUUAAAUUGCUGGCUCACAAUUAGGCACCAGUAUUGGGUUAUCGACGGACCAAGAAACAUGCAUAUAUCCUUCCUACUUCAGCGGAGUGAUUGCACCGGUGAUGUGUCUCCUGUGCAAAUGAAUCCCAUAUCCCAGUCUCAUUUUAUUCCACUGGCAGAAGUGCUGUGCUGCGCCAUUUCCGAUAUGAACACAACUCAGAUUUUAGUGACACAAGAAAGCCUCCUGGAACAUCUUAAUAAACAUUACCGAGGAAUAGCAACCCCAUCUCAGGACAUUCUGUAUAAUGCACUUGGGACUCUUAUCAGAGAAAGAAAAAUCUAUCAUACUGGAGAGGGGUAUUUUAUUGUCACACCUCAGACUUAUUUUAUUACAAGGAAGCCAGCUCUGGACUGUAAAUAUGCCGCAUCUGAAAAGCUGUCCACCUCUCCACCACCCAUCACUUAUCUUGUCAGCAUGGAAAGCUGCGCAGAUCUAACCAAAGGUAACAUGCCAUCAGUGUCACACUGUAGGUCAUGCAGUUGCUUUUCUGAGCAAUCUCUUCAGAACAUACUUGGACAACAGUCAAUUAAUGAAAGCCAGGUAAAAUCGACCAAAAGUGUUAAGGAACAAAAACCCUUGCUUCGAAAUCAAGCAACUUCUACUUCCAGGGAUCAUUACACAUGCGAAAAAAAUAAGGAACAGGUUGUGUUAAAAGAAAAAGAAAAGUGUGGUAAGAAGUUUGGUAUCAGUCUUUUCUGGCGUAAUGUUUCUAAAAAGGAAAAGUCAAGGAAAGAAUUGGUGACCUUUUCUGCACAAUUCCCACCUGAGGAAUGGCCAGUGAGGGAUGAGGACAAUUUGGAUAAUAUUCCACGGGAUGUUGAACAUGAAAUAAUUAAACGCAUCAACCCAGUUCUUACCGUUGAUAACUUAAUGAAGCACACCUUGCUCAUGCAAAAGGCUGAAGAGCAGAAAAAGUAUUUUAGCAAAGGAACAUCUACAGAUAUAAUAAAAAACAAGCACAGCUAUAACUGUAAGGGAAGUAGUAGGAAAAAAAGUGGCAAGAUGUCCAAAUAUCACAAAAAAAUUCAGUCUGGUAAAGAGAAAUGUAAGAAGGACACUGUUGCUCCAAGGGCUUUGCCACAUGAAGAGAAGGACAUCAAUAGACUGUCUCUUGAUCAGUCCGAUGCUACAGAUGAUGUAAUGGCGGUUGACAGGCAUUGUUUUGUAAGUGCAGAACUUGUUCAACAUGAUACGGUCUACAAAAAACAAAUUAGCAAUCCAUUUGAUGGCAUACCAUACAGAGAGAGUUCCAACGUGAAUGGACACAAGUCAUUAAAAGAAAUUAAGAGAUCUCGUUCUGGGAAGCAAAGAAGGUGUGUACCAAGGUCAAGAUCCUUGGACUGUACAGAAAGAAAGGCUGCAGACAAUCAUGUUGAGCAUAUAAAUUCAGAGAGACACAUUGCUGCUUAUAGUAAUGAACCAUAUCAUGAACAAUUCCAUUCUGUUCUUUCUGACAAAGAUGACUUGAGGGAAUAUCCACCCAGCUACCCACAGAGUAGCACACUGCGCAUUGAUGACAAAUUUAAACCUGCCAAAGAAGAAAAUUCUGCCAGUGUCCUUUAUAGUGAAGAUAGAGCCUAUAUUUGUGAUGAUUUCCAAAAAAAGCUGUUUGUUCACUUAGAGGCUAGCGCAGAACAUGAGGUAGUAAAGUCACAUUCUGUCUACAAAGGUACAUCAAUGAACAGUGCAAAACCAAACCACUGUAAAAGUGAAAUGAACUUAAAUCUUAUUGGGAGAACUCAUUAUGGGAUGUCUGAAGACAGUGGGGCACGGAAAGUCUGUAAUUAUUCAAACAGUGGCCUAAAAGAAUCAGAUAUGUCAAAAUAUAUCUCAGAGACUGGAGGAUUUGCUAAAGACAAUAAAGCUUUGUGCCAAAGGACUGUAGAAAUUGAUGAUGCUCACAGGUAUUUAUACCUUGAAGAUGACACUAAAGACAAAACAGAAAUCUGUCCAGUUCUUGAAUCCCAUCUCCAAAAAAACUUGGAUGCUGUCAACUGGAAUGACCUUGUGGAUGAAAACAAAAAUGGCACUGGUAAUUCUCAGUCCCAGUGGCACCCUAAAAUGACCUUUGCACCUCAGUUUGGCUCUUCUAUAGACAACGACCAAGAAACCUACAGUCCUUCUCUUUUUUCCUUAGAUGGUUCCCAUGAAUGUCAUAAACAGACUUUGCACACAGGUCAGCCAUUACCAGACUAUAUCCAUGGUCACCUGGAAGUAGAACCUGAAACUGCUGACUGCAUAAAUCCCUUAGAACAUGUCGAUGGCAGCAUAUUUGAUUACUGUAACUCUAGUGAGGCAAACUCUGUGGCCGAGACUUUACACAUGUCCAUUAAUGGAAACGAUGAGAAGCACAUUGCCAAUUCAGGACAGCAGUCCGGGGAAAUGAGGACGUGCUUUGAACACAAACUGACAUUAUUUCAUUCAAAAAUGAACCCAUCAGAAACAGGCCACCAUGAAAAGAAUGAAAAUCACAGCACAACUGGGGACAGUGGAAUUGAAUCGCCACGAACACGGAUAAGCAUUGCUUCCAAUAACUCGGUUGUUCUGGAGACUCUGAAAAGAAGGACUUUCUUGCAGAAUUUGGAAAUGAAUGGCAAUCCCAAACAUGAAGGACUGCUUCCUGCCAGCUCUCUAAUGCAGAUUACGCCUGCUAUGAAUGUGUAGAGUUCCGUACUCUCCAUGUCACUUGAAAGCUUUCAUUGCAUACUUGUAUUCACUCAAGAAACUAAAAUAUAUGUUUACUUAGGCUUAUGGCAUGUGAUGCCUAUUCUUCGUUGGCGGUUCAGAACAGGUCCCAAACCUGGUGAUAGGUGGAUUUUGGCCUGAAAUUGUACCAAAAUUGUACCAAAAUUCCACUAAUGUCAGUGACAGGCUAGUUGAUUGCAUUGUGAUGCUUCUCUGCUGGCGGAGAAUACGCCAUGUAAACCGUACUGUUGUCUACCAUCAUUGCUGUCUUUUUUCAAUGUCAAGCAGCUUAAAAAAAAAUAAUAGGCUAGGUUAUGGUAAAAGGAUGAUAUCAUGCAUACAUACACAUCUGUGGAGCUCUUAGACUGGUGGUGGCCAUUAAAAUAAAAUACAGGGAGUGCCUUAUCCAGAACAUGGGUUUCCAGGCAAAGAGCACUGUUUUAGGGUGUUCUUGAAGCAUUUUCCUUAUAUGCCUAUCCCACCAUAUUUUCUUGUCCUGCUUUCUAAAAUGCUCCUCAAACGUGACUGCACGCCCAAGCAUUGGCUGAGAUCACUAAAGGUGGAGAUGACCAGUGCACAUAAGCAUGGUGAUACCACAGAGCAGGGCAAGGAAUGUGUGGGACAUAUCUACAUAUCUAACCUGCAUAUCUCUGCUAUUCAUGGAGAAAACUACAUCAGCUCUAUGCAGGUGUACUGAUCCACUGCAAAUAUUAGUAGGAUAAACAUUUACAAGAGAAUACUGGCAUUUUUAAAUUCGAUUUAGCAUUUGUGUACAGUUGGAAAAUGAGGAAUAACACAGAGGGUUGUUAGAUAUUGUGGUUACAUGUUGUAAUUCCCUCUCUGCUUGCUUUUUUCAUUCUUUAGAAGCUUUUACACUAUGUUUUGUCUUUACAGUGCCUUUCUUUUACUACAGGGUAAAACCAAUAUAUAUAGGAAAUUUGAGUGUAACAGCUAGUUGACUUGAUACCUAGGAUACAGGUGGGUCACAAUACCAGCAGGUUAUUAGAUUCAGUGCUGUGCUCUAAGACCUCUUCCACUGCUUCUGUCCAAUGAAAGCAAGGCAGGGCCAUUUGUGAUCUUAAUCUCAGGUUUCCAAAAGGUAAUGCAUUUGUACAACGUUUACUCUAAAUAUAGCUCAGUAUUUUUUAUUUGUUUUAGUGAUUUGAUUUUUAACAUAGCAUUCUAUACCUGACAAGCCCAAGCCUAGGCAUCUGUGGAAGGUCCUGAGCAUGAAGCCUUACAGGAAAUAUGGCAUAAGCUUAGGUGGUUAGUAGCAGGUCACUAAGCAUUUUGAGAUAAUUCCGCACUAUACUGGGACCCCAUCCUGCAUGUUUGAGAGCUGGAUUAAAUAACAUUAAUGAUGUGGUACAAAGAAAUCUAUUAAACCCUUGAGCAAACUGGGUCCAUAAAAUUCCCAUUGAUGGCCACAUUCAGUUGAAUAGCCCUGAGCUAGAAAGUCCAACUAAUAGUGAUACAGUUUGCAAGUGGCCGUCAUGCUUGGAAUGUAAGUUCUUUGUACGCUGCUAAUCAGCUGUCCCUUCUACCCAUGACUUGUGUUUCAUGGGUUCAUUAGCCAGAUACAGAUGCUACUGUUGCUGAUAUAAUGUUAGUCUUGUUUCAGAUGUGUGCUAUUAAAUGUAGGUGCUUUAUAUUUAAAAGGAAUUAAUGUGUUUGAAUGUUUCCCAGUAUUUAAAGGGAUAGUGAUGUUUGAUAUGUGCUGCUCUCACUAGAAGGGGCAUUUUUAAAAAAAUAUUCACUUAUAUUUAAUUCCCACAACCAUCUAUAAUAAAAACAACAAUAAUAAACUUAUUUUCAUGGCAAUAUUGGAUGGCUGCUGUUAGGACUCCUGGCAGCCUGGAGGGCCUCCAGUUGCCCAUUUUUAUUUUAUAGACCCAAACUAGGUCAGGUGACUAAGAUCUAUGGGUCCUGGAGGAGAAUUUCCCAUUCCCUCACCACAUAUCCUUUUAUGGGGGCCCUAAGGACUAAUGUGUAUUUGCAGCCCCCGGGGUUAUACCUAUGCCCCGUAUUAUUGAUACCUAUAGUAUUUUUUCCUUUGGUUGUGGCAAGUCAUUUUGUGAAGCCACGGAAAAGCACCCUUAAUUGGCCCCAA